CUCAUGGAUGUAUUGAUAAUUUAUAGACCAGCUUAGCUGGCAGCUAAACCUUGUUUUGUCUGGUUCUUGUUCCCUUUAGUGUGAUCAGUCUAUCUCUCUGCCUUGUAAAAAAGCAUUUAGCAUCAAAUAGUGACGUUAAGUAUAUUCUCUGCGUUGUGUAUUUAUAGCUAUUUGUAUACUCACCAAGAAAACAAUUUGAAAGUAAACACCAGUCUAAGGACAAUGUGGCUCUAUCUAUACAUAGAUUAUUAAUGUAACAAGUUUGAUUUUGUUUCUUGCCAUUACUUUUGAAAGUUAACCACUGCUCAGCAUGUGUCGAAGUAUCAGCUUUGUGUUUUGUUAUCACUCUUUUUGGUGGAAAUUUAAAUAUUUUGAAAUAACGUAAUUUCCCCAUUAGUUGUUACCUCAUAUAUUGUAAGUAAUAAAAUUAACAGUCACCGUAAAGAAACCGACUUAGUUUCAGAAUUUUGAAACAGAAUAACUCUAGCCUUGAAGGGGUUCACGGAUCAUCAUGAUUUUUUUAUGAUUGUAUAUCAAAUUAGUAAGGCGUUACUUUAACGUUAACAAGAGUUCACCAUAUCGACAAAACAACAUUAUACAAAAAUAGUAGGUAGUAAGUUAAACAUUGAAAGUGCAUAUAUACCAGUGCAUUUGCAGUAACAAAAGAAACAAAGUUAGAUUGCUUUCAAUAUAAAAUACUCCAUCGCUAUCUUGCCACAAACAGUUGGCUACGAAAAAUUAGCCUUAUACAAAGGGACAAAUGUAAUAAUUGUUAUGAAAAACACAUAAUCGAACGCAUAUUGUAACAUUGUUUCUGAGUUCAAAGAAAAAGUUUAACUUUACUGUCUUGAAAUAAAGCCAAUCAACGUAAAAUCAUAAAAGGAAAUAAACGUUAUUUCAAUUCAAGUAGAUUUCCAACUGAAUGAUUGAAAACAAAAGAUUUUGCACCCCUACUGUAAGAGAACGAUCCCCACUGACAUUCUUUGUCCACAAAGGAUUUCUUAAAAUUCAAAAUAUAUUUUGGUAUUCAUAGGCGAAACGAGGAAGUGUUUAAAACAUUAAAGCAUCAAUAUAGUGUUCUUAGACCUUUCUCGUAACAAACAGAAUAACACAUUAUUCUCAAGUGAAGAAACAGAAAAAAACACAAAUCAUCCAAAAUGGCACAUGUAUCUAUCAGAUUCGAAGCAACGAAGGCCUUUCCCGUUCCAACCCAAGGCCUAAGGCUACCUCAAAACCAAUGUCCUAGGGAAUGCAUUCUUGCAAUUUUUCAAAUUAUUUCAAAGCGAUCGUAAUAUAAAAUAGAAUGCGGAAAAUUAGUAAGUGGGCAUGUAAUUGCUGAAUAGAGAGCCGUAAAGAAUGUUUUUGUUGUUGUUGCAGUUCAGAAGACUUUUUUUCAGGUCUUUUCUGUUAUCAUGAAAUGUUGUGCUAAUACCAUUGAACGAUUCAGGUGCUGCGUGUUUUGUUAUGCACGAGUUCCUGAAAUAUGAGAAUGUCACGAGGUCUUCACAACACCCUUAGUGUGAAACUUUGACCAUUUUGGUGAAGACUAUACCGUUGUGCACAAAUGGACAGGGGUGCAGAUUAACACUCGUUUUACAGUACGUUAGAUUGGUAAGUUAGAUUAGAUAUAUUGUAUUUCAUCUAUUUCGAAUACGAAAUAUGACAUUAUUGUGGGAGAUAAAGACACUCAUCAUCUAUAGUAAAACAGGAUUUAAAAAAAACAGAUCGCCGUACCCUUUCUUGAAAGGUAUUUCUUGCAUAGGUGCCUCACUUAACAGCAUUUGAAGCGUUAGAUAUUGCCAAAGCAUUGUUGAAGGAGGAAACAAAGUGCUGUUAAAAUUCACCAAUUUGAAUGUUGGAGAAAGACGCUAGCCGUCAACUUAACCGGUGUCAACAACGGCGAAACUGAAGAGUCACGGCAACCUCGUCAAUUCUGUGACUGGAUUAAAUCGCAGCAGUUCUCGAGAUAAUCUGGACUGAAAACACCAGUAAGGAGUGUUAGAAAUCCCGACAUCAAAAAGGGCUAAGACAUGGCAAGUGGUGGCACAAUGACCAGUGCAGCUGCCAUCUUUGUGCUGUAUUACAUCACUACAUCUACAGCACGUUGGACCAGCGAUCCAACAAUAUUAAGAACAAGUCUUAUCUUAACCUGGGACGACACUGGCGUGGACGAUUCCUUUCUAAAGUAUGUGGUUCAGCUGUACCAGAGUAUUGGCGAGAACUGCACAGACGUGUACAGGCCACCGAGGUUACAAGAAAUCCCGGUAUAUGUGUUGAGACAGGCAACAUUCGUAGGCUUGCAUCCUGGAACAUUAUACUGCAGAAACUGCACAAUCGUGACAACAAAUGGCAACAGAAGCUGUGGAGGUUAUAACUCAAUAAUGACCAAUAAUGCUUCAGAUCGGACCCUGAGGUCCUUCGACUCCGUGUCAGUCAACAACACCAGCAUCACAGUUACUUGGCCAUCUUUCACAGAGCAACAGGAACGUGGUCAUCUGAAUAUAACAGUAUUCUUCUUUUAUAUGCUGAACAUCGUACCACUAGAAAGAGAUACAAUAAGUCCACAGAUCAUCUACAACGAGUCCGUAUUGCAGGCAACUUUUGCUGCACUCACUCCGGGGAAGGAAUACGAGAUUGAGUUGACAACAGCUGGGAACCCGUACGUCGACAAACAUAGUCCUUAUUAUUGGAGGCUGCUAACAAUAGACAUCAUUUCUACUGAUCCGUCUCCUGCAGAAAAAGUGUCAGUUGUUACCACUGGUUCGACAUCUGUAACUUUGAGUCUUACACCGCCAGAGAAAGGGUUUAUAGAUCUGUUCCAAAUGCAGGCGUCUUCACUACAUCACACCAGCCCUCUCGUAAACGUGCCUUUUCCAGACGAGACCCAAGAAGGCGUGAGGGCGACUCUGUAUGACCUCCAACCUGAGACCACUUACAAUGUUUCAGUCACGACAAGCGCCAAGGGUAAAAGGGGCCAAGCUAAGGUUGUUACCUUUACGACAGAGGCAGUUCCCAUCGAUGUGAAGCUCGUGGGCUCAGUCACGGCUGUACUCGUGGUUGCACUGAUAACAUCAGCGUUCUGUACUGUGAGGAUAGUCAAGCGGCUCAGGUACAGGUUAGACCCGGCGAAGCUGUUCAAGGAAGUUCUUGAGGAAAUUGUUACGUCUGAGAAGAUGGAGCCAUGGCUGAAGGACAGGAGGAAUCUUUACCUUGAGGAUCUGAUCGGAGAGGGAGAAUUUGGUCACGUGAGGAAGGGUGUGCUGCGAGAAGAAGGACAACAGGCCGUCGUUGUAGCUGCCAAAACAUUGAGAGUGGAUCGAGCCAACGAAAUCACCUACCACGACUUCGCUAAGGAAGCAAGUCUGCUCAUCGAAGUCAACGAUAAGGGGGGUCACGUGAACAUCAUCAGUCUGAUCGGACUGGUUGUUGAUGCAGUAAACAAAAAAGAUCCACGGUACAUUCUGGUUGAGUACGCUGAGCCAGGAGAGUUGCUCUCGUAUCUGGUGAGCAUACAAAUCAACCGACACCGGGCAGGCUUUCUGCCUGGCUUAGGACGGCAGCUCACCGAGGUGGCCAUCGACAUCGCCCGAGGGAUGCUCGAACUCAAACGCCUACUGAUCACCCACCGUGACCUGGCCUGUAGGAACAUCGUCCUGACCUCUCCUGGUGGCCAGGCCGGACGGCUGGUCGCCAAAAUCUCCGACUUUGGACUGGCCCGUGACGUGUACGUGACGACACAGUACAUGAGGCACCCUCUGAAAAAUGAACUGCUUCCAAUCAAGUGGAUGGCGUUAGAGUCUCUUAUCGAGGGUGUUUACAGCUGCAAGAGUGACAUGUGGGGAUUUGGAGUCAUCAUGUGGGAGAUAGCGACUUUGGGAGGAACCCCUUAUCCCGAGGUUCAUGGCUACGAGACACUGGUGACGAGGCUCCGCCGAGGGCACCGCUUGCAGAAACCAAACGGCUGCUCAGACAAGUUGUACGAACUGAUGACCCUCUGCUGGCUGGAUGUCCCGGAUGUACGACCCACGCCUGACGUCAUGGAAUACAGUUUGGAACAACUGCAGCAACAGAACAGGGCUUUCUUCCCGGAGACCUAAGAAAGUUCACACACGUGGAUGACUGUAUUGAUGAUUUAGUCGAGCUGAACCAUGUUUUGCCGAUUGUCACCAAAAUAUUGAUUGUUUUCCGGCAUUUUCCAUAUCCCUUUUCCUGUACUUAAGUUGCAUAGAAAACCUUCAAAAUGACAAGGUCCACGAAGGAGCCAAAUGCUGGUAUGCAUCCCUGUCAUUAUUGUUGCCAUAAAAGGAUAGAAGAAAUAGAUAAGAAUAGCUAUUGAAUAUACAAAGAUGGAAUAUCUGUCAACAAAGUUUUUUUACUAUAUUACAGGGUUUUCUUUAUAAUCUCAUAUAAGCAUAUAAACAUACAUACUAGUAGGUUCAGAUAAAUUAACCUUGACCUAUUUGUGUGUCAAUUUCACGGAUAAGAUACAACAAUUUAUCAUGGUAUUUUGAUUAUAAAUGGUUUCAACUAAUGUUUUUUACCUUUGUUUUCUUUUUGUAUUGGUAUUUAUACUUGAUUGCUCUUUGUACCCUAGCCUUAGUAUGCGGCAUGUACUUGCUGAUUAAGUUGCUUUGUAGGACUUACAAUAUAGUUGAAAACUUUCGUCCAUAAAAUCAGAUUCGCAUGGCCUUAGUAGAAUUUAAUUUCUGUGUGAAAUUUACAUUGUCAUGUCAAGUCAAGCAUUCUUUCUAGUAUCUUAACGCAGUGGGUAUUUCUUUUGCAAUAAAGGUCUUUAUU